CGGCAGCGGCCGGCGUCGGGGGGGCGGGGCGCGGAGGGCGGAGUCGGAAGUGACGCCAGAAGCGAGGGGCGGAGACCCAAGAUGGCGGCGGUGGUGCUGGCGGCGACGCGGCUGCUGCGGGGCUCGCGCGCCUGGGGCCGCUCGCGGCUGCGGUUUGGGGCCCCUGGGUACAGACAGUUCAGCAGUGGGGGCGCCUACCCCAACAUCCCGCUCUCUGCCCCCUUGCCCGGGGUGCCCACGCCCGUUUUUGCCACCGUCGACAGCCAGGAGAAGUUUGAGACCAAAGUCACCACGCUGGAGAACGGGCUGCGCGUGGCCUCCCAGAACAAGUUCGGGCAGUUCUGCACGGUGGGAAUUCUUAUUAACUCAGGAUCAAGAUAUGAAGCAAAAUACCUGAGUGGAAUCGCUCACUUCUUGGAAAAGUUGGCCUUUUCGUCCACAGCCCGCUUCGACAGCAAGGACGGCAUCCUGCACACCCUGGAGAGGCACGGCGGCAUCUGCGACUGCCAGGCGUCCAGGGACACCACCAUGUACGCGGUGUCCGCCGACUCCAAAGGCCUGGACACGGUGGUGGGCUUGCUGGCUGAAGUGGUCCUGCACCCCCGGCUCACAGAGGAGGAGAUAGAGAUGGCGCGGCUGGCUGUCCAGUUUGAGCUGGAGGACCUCAACAUGCGGCCGGACCCGGAGCCUCUCCUCACCGAGAUGAUCCACGAGGCCGCUUACAGGGAGAACACGGUCGGCCUCCACCGCUUCUGCCCCCCGGAGAACAUCGCGAAGAUGGACCGGGCCGUGCUGCACUCCUACCUGCGGAACUACUACACUCCGGACCGCAUGGUGCUGGCAGGCGUGGGCAUCGAGCACGAGCACCUGGUGGAGUGCGCCCGCAAGUACCUCCUGGGCGCCCGGCCGGCCUGGGGGAGCGGGGCCGCCGUGGACGUGGACCGCUCCGUCGCGCAGUACACCGGGGGCGUUGUCAAGCUGGAGAGAGACAUGUCCAAGGUCAGCCUGGGCCCCGCCCCGUUCCCCGAGCUCACGCACAUCAUGAUUGGGCUGGAGAGCUGCUCCUUCCUGGAGGCCGACUUCAUCCCUUUCGCCGUGCUCAACAUGAUGAUGGGCGGUGGAGGCUCCUUCUCGGCCGGCGGGCCCGGCAAGGGCAUGUUCACGCGGCUCUACCUCAACGUGCUCAACCGGCACCACUGGAUGUACAACGCCACCGCCUACCACCACAGCUAUGAGGACACGGGGCUCCUGUGCAUCCACGCCAGCGCCGACCCCAGACAGGUUAGAGAAAUGGUGGAGAUCAUCACCAAGGAGUUCAUUUUAAUGGGCGGGACCGUGGAUGUGGUGGAGCUGGAGCGGGCCAAGACGCAGCUCAUGUCCAUGCUCAUGAUGAACCUGGAGGCCCGGCCCGUGAUCUUCGAGGACGUGGGCAGGCAGGUGCUGGCCACCCGCUCCAGGAAGCUGCCCCACGAGCUGUGCGCGCUCAUCCGCGACGUGAGGCCGGAGGACAUCAAGCGCGUGGCUUCCAAGAUGCUGCGCGGGAAGCCGGCCGUGGCCGCCCUGGGGGACCUGAGUGACCUGCCCAGCUACGAGCACAUCCAGGCGGCGCUGACCAGCAGAGACGGGCGCCUGCCCCGCACCUACCGGCUCUUCCGGUAGAGGCUGCUCGACCCGUUUCUCCGGAGCUGAACUUGGCGCAGGAACUCCGAGCGCUGCAAACCCAGGGCUCUGCUCCGCACUGAACCGCACGCCGACGCGGCCGAGCUCGGCGCCCUCGGCACUGCGUGUGCCGUCGCGGACCACACGGCCCCGCUUCCUCGCAAGUGCCAGGGCCCGGCCCGGGCAGGCUGCCUCCGCCUGGGCCGUCUGCGACGUGAUCAGGUGCGCUGUCGUCCUCACCGUGGCUGGGACCGGCUUUAGAGGUGCAGGCCGGGCAGUGCCAGCCCCUCCCCCGCGUGCCCUUCCAUCGGAAGGGGGUUCUGAUGCCAGGUGCCCGCGCGGGGGGGGAGGGGCCUUCUUGGGAUUGGUCGGCGGUUGCGUUUUAGGUGGGAGACGAGCUGUAGUUCAGGGGGGAAAGGUCACACUCUGUGACCGUAGAGUGUGCUUCCGAGACUCCAGCGCCCAUAGAAGCCCAGGUUCCACGGGAAGCCCGGUCCCCCCGGGUAGCUCUGGGCCACCGCAGUGUAGAGGGCAGCCCCUGGCACGGCCAUCGGGCACUGGAGGAACCAAAUAAACGUGUACGUGUUA